AUGUAUCUCGAUGGCUAUUCAGCGUGGAUAACUGUCCCUGGACACGAGCUCCGCGAGUUUGACAUCGCUGUCGAUCAACACAAUCGAAGAGUGACGUGUUGGAUCCCAAGCGAAGAAGGAGCAAAAUUCUCUGUUCAUUGGCAGGACCACGGCUGGUCCAUCCCCACCGCCACCUUCAUCAAGCUCGACGGCUACACCGUUCCCGGACACUUCCUUAUGGGCACAGGCCAUGCUGAGCGUUCGAACAUCCGAGUGGGUCUCACCACGGUGAGGCCCUUCAUGUUCCAGAGGGUCCCGGAGCUCUAUAUUGGGGCCGUUCCGACGGACACCGACCCUAAGGAGUUGGGUACAAUCGUCGUCAAGAUUAAGCGUGUGGCCAUUGUCGGCAAGCACAGCAAGAAUGCACCAAUCGUGCCGAGGCCACCACUCGGCGGUCAGCGCUCAGUAGGCGCGGAAGAUCCGGUCGGGAUAGGCUACGGUGGCGAGGAGAUGGGCCACGUUCAGAUGCCCACGACACCGGGCACCUAUGCGACGUUCAUCUUCCGUUACCGGACGCGCACGCCACCUACUCCUACGACGCAGAUCCGAACGUCUAUCUCACGUAUCCCAGCACCUCUGGGACGUACGAGAACGAUGCUCUGGGUUCGUACCCCUCGAGCGCCGACAAUUCCUACGAGUCCGGCGCCGACACCUACGAUCAUGGCGUGGCUGGCCCCUUCGACCCGUCCAAGGUCACGCAUUCCUACUAUGGGCAGGCCUCCGCCAACUACUACCCACAGGAGCCAGACACCACCGAAGGACACAAGGACAAUCCGCUCGCGAGAGCAGUUCAGGCCUAUUGUUCUCGUUGUACAUAUUCCCGUCACCGCGCUAUCCCUGUUAACUUGUAGCUCCCUACCAACAUAUGCCUCAUCAUCAGCAUCUCGCCUGAAGACGUUAUACUCCGACUUCUCCCGCCAGAAACAAUCAAAUCCCACGUCUUAUGCCUCAAAUAUCGAGUGGUGGCGGCGAACGCUAGAGGUCAUCGUGCUGAAGGGUUGGCUGGCAGAGUCGGACUCCAAGUCCACGCACCCCGACCGACUCGUCCUACGUGCUAGCGGGUCUACGUUAGCGGAUAACUUUCGGUAUGAGGGUGUUGGAAAGCCUUUGGGUCUGCCUACAGUCGUAGUAUGUCAUCAACCAUCUAGCCCGUAUGACGCCGAGCUCUGCACGAGUAGAACGUACUUUCCUCUUUCCGACUUCCUCAAUUCGACGAAAUCUAUCUAUGACCCUGGCUGGCUGCCAUACCGCAUAGCCUCCUACGUCGUGGGCAAGCCGCUAUGGUGGGCGCUGAACAACUUAACGUCCUAUAGCGAGCAGUGGAAGAGAGUGAAAGGCGACUACGUCUUGCUGAGCUUACUCGAGAGGGCCGCCGAUAACGUUCUACUCAGGCAGCGAAGCAAGGGUGCACUGUCUCUGGCCGAUUCAUUAUUUGAGGAACAUGCACUGGACGGCGUCGUCUUGUCAGAGCUGGAUAUCCGUGUUCUGCUGAGGUACCUUGAGCGUGACAAGAAAAGUCUAGUCACGCAAGGAGGGGUCAUCAAGUUCAUCGAGCCCGACUUAGCUGAGCAAGCUGAGAUCACCGCCGUCGAUGCUGGUGUGCUGGAAUUGAAGGCCGCGGUAGACAAACUGCAGGCUCAGGUCGAUAGCAUACAGUCGAAGAUCAGCCAACGGGCAGAGCAGAUCACGACAGCACUCCGGCAGAAGAGGAAGGAGAUCGCGCUCAGCCACUUACGUGCCCAGAAGCAACUGGAGGCGCUGCUGAAGCAACGGUUGGGCUCACUGGACACGCUGCAUUCCACGCUCCUCCGCGUGGAACAAUCUGCCGGUGAUGUUGAGAUCAUGAAGUCCUACGAGUCGUCUACGGCUACGCUACGCGCUAUACUCGCCCACCCCUCUCUCCAGCGCGAGAAGGUCGACGAGACUAUGGAUGCCAUGGCAUCCGCCAAUGCUGACGCAAAGGAGAUCGACGACGCCAUCCACAUGGGCACGGAUAUGGCCCAAGCGGACCUGGAGGACGAGUGGAAGGCGCUCGUCCAGGAACAGGAACGAGAGGGCGCUGAGAAGGCCGAAGCCGAGCAAGCACGAAGGAGGAGGAAGAGGCGCGAGCCAAACAGGAGCGACUCGCCGCAGAGGCGCUGCAAGUGCCAUCCGACAAACCAGGGCCGUCGAGCGAAAGCCGAGCAUGUCCCGAUUCCGGCGGAGAGGGUCGCCGAGGGGCAUACGGAUCAAUGA